CAGCCCUCUGUGCUCCCGAGUAGAAUGAACGCACCCGCUUGGGGCCGGUCCCUUGUCUGCCCAGAGCCGCCCUCGUGGCUCCAUAGUCAGUAAAAGCCCCGCCUGACCAGGCCUGGGCCUGCUGCUCUCCCGCGCUCCUCCAGGCCGUCGAAAGGCUUCCUCCGAGUCACUUUCUCCCUGAGUUCCAGGCUUGCGGGUCCCCCAGCGAUCCAGCACCCCUUCCCCUGCGCUGUACCCGGUUGUUAAGGCCAAAAACCUAAGCGUCGUCGGGAAGUCCCAUUUGUGCCAGUGGUCGGGCUCGGGUCUGGUCUGGCCUCUCCUCCUCGGGCAGAAGCCUGAGGUUUCCUUGCUUCCCUCCCCACCCACACAGAGCACCACAGUGGGCUUCUGAAGCCACAGCACCGACCUGGCCCGGCUGCCCCUCCUUCUCCAGGACCCUCCCUAACUUUGCUCUUCGAAUCACAGCCUCCCAGGUGUCCACCAUCACCAGAAUGAGUCUGCAAAUCUUAAACAAAAAUGUCAGCAGUGAGAAAAGUACAGAAAACUGCGACUUCCUGUUUUCACCCCUGGAAGUUACCGGAAGAUCAUCUGUUCUUUGUGAGUCACAGAAAGAAAAUGUGCCACCCAAGAACCUGGCCAAAGCUAUGAAGGUGACUUUUCAGACACCUCUGCGGGAUCCACAGACGCACAGGAUUCUGAGUCCUAGCAUGGCCAGCAAACUCGAGGCUCCUUUGGCUCAGGGUGACACCCUGGGACUGGAAAACUCUCACCCAGGGCGGACACAGAAGGACAACCAACAGCUCAUUAAGGCAGUGGAUGCCAAAACUACUCAUGGAAUUAUCCAGAAACCAGUGGAGGCUGACACCAAACCCCUGGGGGAUGCAGGCCCAGCCUUUGGGGAUGGCAGCUCCAGUGAACCUGGCCCGGGCGCCCUGGCUGACCUGGACUGCUCAAGCUCUCCCCAGAACCCAGGAAGUUCUGAAAACCAAAUGGUGUCUCCAGGAAAACUGUCUGGCAGCCCUGAGCAAGCCUUGGAGGAAAAUGUUCGUUCUUAUUCCUUAGACAAGGGAACGACACCCACCUCUGAGCCCCUAGGAGACCAUCCCAGGACAGAGUCCCAACACAGAGUGGAGCCUCUGCACAGAGCCGAGCAGGAAUGCAGGCCUGGCGGGGUCUCUGUGCCCACAGCAGUGGCCACUUGGCCUCCUGGUGUGAACUCUGAGGAAGCAGUCGGAGGAGCGCCCCUUGUGGGUCUGCCUGGCGAGGCCCUGGCCUGCCCCGUGAGUGUGGGUACCCCCAUGCCAGCAGAUGGCACGCAGACCCUUACCUGUGCGCACACCUCUGCUCCUGAGAGCACAGCCCCAACCCUGAGUCCUCUGGAGGAAGCGGCUUCGGGUCAGAUGGUCAGCUCCUCAAGGACUGAACCCAUAAAACUUGAAUUUGAUUUCUCCGAUGGCACCACCCCCGCGCUGGCUUCUCAGGGCUCUUUUCACCUCGACUGGGACAAGCUGGAGUACCCAAACUUCACCCCGUUCGGAGGUAGCACGAAGUCUAGUUGCAGAGAGGCCCAGCCUCCAGAAAGCCCCAAGACCAGGCUGGGCCAGCCGGCAGCUGAACCACGGAGUCCCAUGGAGGAGCUGGGCUCCCAUCUGAGCCAGCAGCUGCUUUCAGCCUUAGCAGAGGACACACCUGUGGUGCAGUUGGCAGCUGAGACCCCAGGAGCAGAGAGCAAGGAGAGAGCCUCAGACUCUGCUAGCACCUCGCUUCCCAUGGGCUGUCCGGACAGUGAGCCAGUGCCCACCCAUCAGCAGGGGCAGCCUGCCUUGGAGCUGAGAGAGGAGCACUUCAGAGACCCCGCUGAGGUUCUAGGCACAGGGGCAGAGGUGGAUUACCUGGAGCAGUUUGGAGCUUCCUCGUUUAAGGAGUCGGCCUUGAGGAAGCAGUCCUUAUACCUCAAGUUUGACCCUCUCCUGAAGGACAGUCCUCAAAGACCAGGGCCCGUGGCCACAGAGACCAGCAGCAGCACGCACGGUGUGGAGGAGCCUCCCUCAGGAAGUCCGCGGGAAGCCACCCUUGUGGAGUUGGAUUUCUUGGGAGCACUGGAUGCUCCGGUUCCAGACCCACCCCCAGGUGUCCCUGCACCUGGCGGCCCACCCCUGUCCACCGGGCCUAUAGUGGACCUGCUGCAGUACAGCCAGAAGGACCUGGACACGGCGGUGAAGGCGGCACAGGAGGAGAACCAGGAGCUGAGGAGCAGGUGUGAGGAGCUCCAGAGGAAGAACGUGGAGCUGGGGGUGAUCAUGGACAGGUUCGAGGAGGUCACAUACCAGGUCAUGGAGGAGGUUCAGAAACAGAAGGAACUUGCCAAAGCCGACAUCCAGAAAGUUCUACAAGAAAAAGACCAGCUGACUGCAGAUCUGAACUCCAUGGAGAAGUCCUUCUCUGACCUCUUCAAACGCUUUGAGAAACAGAAGGAGGUGAUUGAGGGCUACCGCAAGAAUGAAGAGUCACUAAAGAAGUGUGCAGAGGAUUACCUGGUGAGGGUCACCCAGGCAGGCCAGAGGUACCAGGCCCUGAAGGCCCACGCCGAGGAGAAGCUGCAGCUGGCAAACGAGGAGAUCGCCCAGGUCCGGAGCAAGGCCCAGGCGGAAGCAUUGGCCCUCCAGGCCAGCCUGAGGAAGGAGCAGAUGCGGGUCCAGUCACUGGAGAGGACCGUGGAGGAGAAGACUAAAGAGAAUGAGGAGCUGACCAGGAUCUGUGACGACCUCAUCUCCAAGAUGGCGAAGAUCUGACCCAGAGCUGCAGCCCCUCCUGUCUGUCCGUCUGUCCAGUUCUUUUAGGUGUCGUUUUCUUGUUCUGUCUAAAGCUAGAUUGCUUUGAAAAGAUGACUAAAUAAAGUUUCCUUUUGGUGUAAACUGAA